UGUUCUGAUACACAACGCAUAUCGUAUCUGUAUUUAAUCGCGUAUAAUAAACUGACUAUAACAUGAUAAAUUUUCUGCAAAAAUAUAGCGAUACUAUGGCAUAAAGUUUUUUUAUAGAUGUGAAAAGUGAUCUAUGAUUGCGUAUCGUCAUAGGUUAUGUUUCCAUCUUUUAUUAGUAUUUUGGAUAUUCAAUCAUGGUGGGAAGUACCAAGUAUCGCGUAUUUUUGUUCCUUGUUCAGGACUGCUUUCAAUCUUCUAGAUUUUGACAUUGAAGAAUUAGAAGAGGCCUUGUUAACAGAUGGCACAGAGGAAACUGCGAGUUCGCUUUUGACAGAGUUAAUAGUGCGUUUGUUAAACGGCUGUUUCGGCAACAAUGAUAUCUCUGCAUUUAAUUAUCAGAUGUAUUUGAGACGCCUAUUUAGGCGAAAAUGUCAAGAAACUGGACGGUACAAUCCAUUUAACACAGAUAUUGAUUUUCAAUUUUUGCCACUUCGUACAAAGGUGGAAAUAUUAUAUGCAUUGUGUGAUUUUCGCUUGGAUGCCGAAGAUGUCUUUGAGUUAUUCAAGAACCUGGAAUCAGAGAGCUUAAGAGUUGAACCUCUCGGAUGGGACAAUAAUGAUUCAGCAUACUGGUACUUCUAUGGAACGAGACUGUAUCGAGAAGAUGUAAUAAGGAAGCCAAAGUCGAGGAGUAGGAGGAAAAGAGGACGUGAAGGCAAGAAGCGUGGCUGGUUUUACGGUGAUGACUGGCUGGAUGAUGACGAAUCGGUGCGAGUGUGGCAAGUGGUGUGCUUCACCGAGAAUGACUGGAACCACCUGACAGACAAGUUUAGGAGAGCAACCAGCAAGGUUGAGAAGGAGCUGUAUCGCUCUCUAUCACAGAAUUUCCUACCAGAGAUACCAAGACUUUUCCAUGAAAAGGAGCGCUUGCAAAGAAAAAGCUGUCGCCCGCGACUUCGUUCACAUGGAAUAAAAAACGAGUUGUUAGAGCUCGCGCCGAGGCGUACAUCCAGCCGCGUGCUGCAGAAGAUAGAACAGAAGGAGAAAGAGCGGAAGCGCAGCGUCCAUGAGGCCACGGACAACGACACAAAAAAACAAAGUGCACAGCUUGCGCGGGACACCAGGGCCCGGAGGAGGGAACGACUAAGGACUAAAUCCGCGUCAUCGGAUUCAUCUGACGAGAGUUCAGACAGUGAAAAAAAAGAAAUGCCCCAGAAGGUUUCAAAAUCUAAGAAGACAGAAAAACAAACGAAACAUUCAACCCCUAAGCGAAAGGGCUCGCCCCCUCCGGUGCCGCCCGUGAAGACGGGCAGGAAGACAAACAACUCCUUAGCCUCUGCUACUGGACAAAUUGUUAUACCCGAUACUGUUGAACCUGUUAACAGUACCAGGAGGAAAUUGAAAACAUCACAAAUUUUUACUCAAUCCGAUGAAGAUGUCCAAAUUGAUAUGUACAAAGUGUUGGAGCAGCUCAGCGCUCAUGAUGACGCCUGGCCGUUCAUGGACCCCGUGGAGGAGGAUUACGCGCCCAACUACUACGCGGUCAUCAGGCGCCCCAUGGAUCUACGUAAAAUGGAAGAAAGACUUGAUUCCGGAUACUACACGGACUUUAAUAUGUUCAAAGCGGACUUCAAAUUGAUUGUGAAUAAUUGUCGUCUCUACAAUGGACAAGAUAAUGAGUAUACCACGAUGGUGGACAACCUACAAGCGGCUUUCGACCGCCUCACCGAGAAGUACAUUCACCAAGUGUCAUCAUCAGACGAGGAGAUUGCAGUGGAGUACCAACUGCCCACACCGUCGCGGAAACACAAAAUUAAAACAAGUGAAUCUCCCCCUCCUCACAAACGAAAGAAGCGAAAAUCUCAUUCGGAUGCAGCGGAGCCGCAGACCAGUUCCUCGGAUCAAGUCGAACUCGAAGAAAAAGAAGAGGUAGAGGAAGAGGUAGAGGAAAUACCGGAACCAAAUGAAGAGGAAGAAUCAAAAGAAUCUCAUAAAAUUAAAAAGAAACAUAAGGGUCAUCACAGACACGGAAAACAUUCCAAAAAUCAUAAGAAAUAUUCUCACAAAUCUGAGCAUGAAUCUAGAAGUCGACACAGUAAAAAACAUGGAAAAAAUAAGGACAAAGAUGGUAAAAAAUCAAAGAGGAAGAAGAGUAAGCACCAAGAGGUGGAAACAGAAGAGAUGAAGCGAAGUGAGUCACAAGAAUCUCUAGAGAGUUCCAAUAGGAGCCGCAGCGCAAGCCCUCUGCCCUCCAUCCACACGCCAUCACCCUCUCCUUCGCCCUCACCGUCACCUUCCCCCACCGAACUAGACCGCCGUCACAAACGUCGCCUGCGUGACCAGCGCAAUCGUGAUGAAGGCGAGCAGAGCGACCCUCGCCGGAAGCCCGAGCCUCAAGAGUCGGACCAGCUCGCCGAUCCUGAUUUCUACAAAGAUAAAUAUGACAAAAUUAAAGAAAGGCGACGCCACGCCGCCAAGGAUGCUUGGGAAACUCUCUUUGAUUUUAAACAAAAGACAAUCGAUAAACAGAAACAAAACUUACGUAUUCCAGAAAAAGAUAAGAACCAAAAAUUGAGAGAAACAAUCGAAAAAUUAAAAGCGAAGAACGAGAAGUAUAGGACAACUUCUCUAUUUAAUAGCUUAUUCACAUGCCACAGCACCAGGAGGAGGAGUUCAGACUCCGAUACCAAAGAUUCUAAAGAUUCUGCAAAAGAAGAUGACAACUCAGAUUCUUCAGAUGAUGAAAAUCUAAAACAAAAAAUUACUCAUAAGAAAAGGGGGAAAAAGACUACCGCCAGAAAUGAAUCUGCUACAGUAGCUUUGGAGCAAGCAGUCAAAGACAUAAGUAAAUGGCUGGAUGAUACACCAAAGGGGUCUGCUCAAAGCUGUGCAUCAGACAGCCCAACACAAACUAUUUCUACGGAGGAUCCAGAGAACAGUCGCCAAGAUGACGAAUCAUCGCAAGGAGAUAAAUCCUUGCAAACCAAAAAAGAACCUACGCGCAAGAGACCUUCCUCAAGAGAACCAAAACUAGUGAAAAGGAGGGAGAUACAAAGAACUAUUGAUAGAUUGCAGCCUGGAAAAAGUAAGGGUAAUCUACUCACAAAUAUAAGUAACAAGACAUCCGAAAAAUCGGAAGAAACUGAUUCUACGGGCCCACUCCACAAAUCACGGGAAACGGUUAAAGGUGAGGAGUCCUGUCCCAAAUUAAGUCUCGGCUCUGUUCUCCCCUCUGUGGAGUUCACUCUUGGAAGCGAUCACAAUUUUACCAAUGAUGAGGACAAAACAGAAAAGAAAAUAGAAACUAUCACUUCAGCCGACAUCGAGCAACCAUUUGAUGAGGAAGAUAACGCUGUAUCUAGCAGCGAAGACAAACCGACGCCAACUAAAAAAGAUGCCGAAGUCGAAACGGAACCUACGAUUCCGCCCAAGCCUAACCAAGAAAAAGCAACGCCGAACUUGAGUGCCUGGUUCAAAGCAUUCGGCGCUCCAAAAGCUGCAUCGUCAACUAUAACGUCAAAGAAAAAGAACGAACAUGAAUCUGAUGACAAAACUACAGAUAAAAUUAACUUUGAUAACAAAUUCACUGCCACGAAGAGUGCUACGAAAUUUGAUUCCCCUAACGGGCCGGAGACGCCAGAUGGCGGCGGUGAGAGCCCGUUGCCGCACGCGUCCACCACACCGAGACAGAGGCGCACCAGCACCGGCAGCUCGGUAUCGGAACGAUCCUCCUUCAGCCAGGACCUAGACUCUCCCCGGCACCACAUGUCAUUGACCUCGCCGCUCCUGCGUUCCCCCGCAUCUCCACGAUACGACGAUUUCCAAAAGGUAUCGUACCCAAUUAUAAAUGGCACUGUGAGAGCCGGCUUCUAUCAAGACACGACGUCAGUUAAAAGUAGCCCAGAAAAGAGUUGCAGUCCACGUGAAAUGCCGCAAUCACCAUAUUCACCGUACUCACAACACGUCUAUAUCUCGAGCACCGCCACGGGAUCGGCCACUCCUAAUUACUUCGUCGACCACAACAAGAGUCCUUUGCCCGCUUAUGGGCAAAAUGCGCCUUCGUACUACGACGCAGCAAAAUCUCCGCUGGUCAAUAAGCCAACUCGAAAUCACGAUGAUUAUUCCCCAAUGGGAACAGAAUCAUACCAACAAAAUGCCUACAAGGAGCCCUAUCAGUCCACCUGUUCUCCGUACCCACAAGGUCCUACCAAAGACUACUCACAUCCAAGUGUAUCAACACACCCUGUCCCAGUGAUGAAUAACCCAGUUUCGUGUACUUCCGCGCAGAUUAAUUCUGAUCCUAAGACAACCCAUUUCCCAGUUAAAAAACGAACUUACAAUGAACCUGAAGAAUUAACCAAAAAAUCUGUGGAACCAAAAGAUAUGUCAGCUAUUACAAAGGCACAUGAUCAUCAAAAAAUAACGCAAUCUUCAUACCAAAUACCUAUAUCGAAUGCCUCUGUCGAUGACAUAGCUUUGGCAUUAACUGAAAAAUCAGAAAACUUGAGCAAAAACCUUUGCUUGCGUGAAACAAGUGCUAUGGAAUAUGUCGAAAGACGUUCUCCAGAUACUACAGAGAUUGAUUACGACAGCGAUGUUCAAGAAAUCAAGAGCGAUGACGUCAUGUCCGAUUCGAGCAAGUCUAUUGGCAUGAUGAAGAAAGAUUGCGUAGAUAUGAUUAACAUGGGUUACAUGAAUACGGACAAGGACAGACGAAACAGCAGCGAAAUGCGCGAAAUCGAUUAUGCAAAAUCCAACACUGCUAUGAAUCUUGGAAUAAAUAAUCACCAGCCCCAAUUACCACUAGCAAAAGCGGCUAUGCCCGCCAGUAAUAUGACACCCGCACAUUGUCACGAUCGACAGAUCAAUGACAUGCCUAUCAAUCACAACGUCGCCCACAUGCAUCACAAGCAAUAUGACGCGAACAACUUUUCCCUUAAUGAUAUUGAACUAGCGAACAAGAAAUUAUAUGGGUGCAACACUUCUUUGCCGCCUUCCGCCACAGCCAUCGACUAUGGGAAUUGGAAAGUUACCAAUCAAAUUAGAAAGGCAGACAUUAUGCCCUCGGACUAUUCUAACUCAUACGUCGCGAACAACGAAGAUAAACUUAAACCUGAGAUUAAUCUCACCACCACUGCAGCUCUUAACUACAACAAGAACUUGCAGCAAGAACAGUAUAAUGCAUACAACAGCGUGCCGAGGACGAGUCUGCAGCGAACUCAAGACCUUCACCAAAAUCUUCAGGGUGAAAUACGAAUCCCGAAUCCGCGCACCAUGCUCAAGACUGAUCACAUGAUGGCACCUCCCGCCCAUUGCGACACCGAGUCAAUCGCUAAGAACAUUGACACUUUGGCCAAAUCACAAAAAACCGACAAAUUGGUACAAAACCAUCCGCUCGCCUCAUCGAUUCCCUACAAAACUUCCUACACUACACAUUCAUCGAUUCCUCUCGAGACUUUACGAUCUAUUCCUAACAUACCGCAAAUGCUAGAGCGGUACUCCAACGACGAUAGGUACUUAUCGAGUUUUUCUGGCACUGGCGCCCCUCUGUAUCAUGAUCCCAUUACGACAUCGGUGAACUCUGUUUACUCGCAGCAUUCACCAUCCGUUAGCAAGGAAGACAUGUACAAGGCAUCGUCGACCAUCACCAGCGCUCACCAAGAUCCCAAGCCGAAGACGAAACGGAAAAGAACGACGGAGAAUAAAUCUUCGCCGGUGGUCGCACAAACGUACCACAGCCCGCCUUGCACUACCGACAUGCUGAAGCCCGUAAAAACUAACAUGAUGGCGACGAGCGCUUUCAACUUUGGCUCCACCCCCACCCUCGGAGCACCAUUGUAUGGCGAAAACGGCGGGUUCUCCAUAGAAGACUUACGUAAUAGCACCAAUCAGCUAAUGGCGGUUAACUACAUGGCUGCGGCUGUGGCCCAUCAACAAAGAAACACGGCGGAGACUAGUGCUGAAAAGCAUGUUAAACCCGCACAUCAGAACUCAACUCAUGGUAGUGGGUCCUUCCCCUACAUCGGACACGGUCAAGUCCGAGCAGGUUACCCGUUCGUGGGCGCCGAGGCGUCCCAGCCGCUGUACCAGCAGUACUUGCAGCGACACCAGGAGGAGCUGCUGCGGCAGACGGGCGCGCAGAUCAUGAGCCUCUACUCGCCGGCGUAUCCCGCCGCGCUAGGCGUGCGCGCGCCACCCUACGACGGCAUCAAUAGACACUCGUGGCUCUGAGAACCGCUUUGCGCGCAAGCCGCGCGCCCCGCGCCGCCGCCGC